AAUUAAAACGUUUCUAUGUUGCUUCCGUAGUGAAAAUACAUUUAUUUAUUCAUUAGGUAGCACAUUAUAUAUUAUACACCUGAAUGGGUGGUUGUAUAAUCUAUAAAAAAAUAAGCUAUAUAAAAAUACAGUAGAACAGAGAACAAUGAGACAAUAAAGCCGAUGCCUAUAAAUCGCUGCAACAGGAAUGUUUAGAAGAGCACACUAGAAGAUGACUAUAGUUUGCAUGGUCUAUGAGUUUCUCUUCAACCGUCAUAAUAGGCAUUAAAGUUUUAUGGAAACCAGAGUGUGUCGGUGAAGUGACUGAAAUAUACCCUGUUAUAUAUAUAAUUGUGCAGUUCACAUGGAGUAAUAUAUAUUAGUUUACUUUGUUCUGCGAUAUAUCGUUGCGUUGGAUAUGACAAGAAAAAUGAAGAAAAACGGGAUCGUGUUGGAUGUAAAUACUGCCGGAAGACUGCCGAACGAGAUUCCUUCGAGUGAACCCAGUUCAACCAAUGAGAACGUCGGUAACAGAAAAGUAUCCGUCAUGGCCGACAAACAAAAGUUUGGAUAUGAGCAGACAUUGAUAUACGGCCAGUACAGAAAAGACUUGGGAAGUUUUGCCCGAUUCCAAGCUAAACGAAUAAAAAAGCAUAACAAGGCUGACUUUGGAAAUAGUGAACCCAAACCAAGAUACAGAAUAUUAGAAUGCUGGAUUGCUGUUGUCCGGAGCUGGCAUUGGGUGGUGAAGAAAGUCGGAGAAGACUGGAUCUUCCUGGCGCUACUGGGAAUUAUUAUGGCUCUCCUGAGUUUCACCAUGGAUUAUGUCAUAGAGAAGAUGCAGGAAGCAAAGAUCUGGCUAUAUCAGGAGCUGUCUUUCUCCAUAUCACUCCAAUACCUCAGCUGGGUUCUCUACUCCAUACUGCUUAUCACGUUUGCCGUGGGAUUCACCCAUCUCAUGUCUCCACAGGCAAUAGGCUCAGGUAUCCCGGAGAUGAAGACAAUCCUGCGGGGGGUGGUAUUGAAGGAGUUUCUCACAUUUCGUACCCUAGUGUCCAAAGUUGUGGGCCUGUGUUCCUCCCUUGGUAGUACCCUACCAUUUGGGAAAGAGGGUCCUUUCGUACAUAUUGCGAGUAUCGUGGCUACUAUAUUGGGAAAACUUACAUCUUUUAAAGCUGUGUAUGAGAAUGAAUCUCGUCGUUCAGAGAUGCUGGCUGCGGCAUGUGCUGUAGGGGUAGCUGGAACUUUUGCUGCACCUAUUGGUGGUGUCUUGUUUAGCAUAGAGGUAACGGCGACAUAUUUUGCUGUGCGCAAUUACUGGCGAGGUUUUUUUGGAGCGGUUUGUGGAGCUGUUGUGUUCAGAUUGCUGGCAUUCUGGUUUAAAUAUGAAGAAACAUUAACAGCCCUGUUUAAGACCAAUCUAAAAACAGACUUUCCAUUUGACCCGGUGGAGCUACUAGCUUUCUCCUUCAUUGGGGUGGCUUGUGGUCUACUGGGCGCGUUGUUCAUCUUGUGUCAUCGCAGAAUCAUUCUCUUCACCAGAAAACAUAAAAAGAUGUCAGCCUUCCUACAGAAAAAUCGGUUUCUCUACCCGGGUCUAAUAGCGUUAUUGAUCUCAUCGGUGACAUUCCCACCCGGUCUGGGGCAGUUCUUCUGUGGACAACUGACUCACAGAAGGGCAGUGGAUGAAUUGUUCAGCAACAUUACGUGGACGGCGGGUCAGGCGGAUGAUCUAGAUGACGAGGAGAUUCUAAGACACUGGAAUCCCCCCCAGACGAACAUAUACGUCACUUUAGUGCUCUUUAUUAUCAUGAAUUUCUGGAUGGCAGCCAUCUGUAACACACUGCCGAUCCCUGCCGGGGUGUUUGUUCCCGUUUUCACCAUAGGUGCAGCAUUUGGUCGACUUAUUGGUGAAAGUAUGGCAGCCUGGUUUCCAAACGGGUUGCAGUCUGGAGACAUAGUACACAAAAUAGUGCCUGGGGGUUAUGCUGUAGUAGGGGCUGCCUCAUUGUCUGGUAGUGUUACAAGGACCAUAUCAACUGCUGUGAUUGUGUUUGAGCUCACCGGCCAAAUUUCUCAUGUGCUACCAGCUGUGAUAGCUGUGUUGUUUGCGAAUGGUGUGGCGAAUUUAUUCCAGCCCUCGUUUUAUGACAGCAUCAUUCGAUUAAAGCGACUUCCAUAUCUACCUAACAUUGUCUCCUCACAGUCAUGGAGCGUGUAUGUUGAGGACAUUAUGGUGAAGGAUGUCAAGUUUGUCUCAUUUGUGUCCACAUUCAAGGAACUUAAAGACAUGCUGGAGGCAACGCCCUAUAGGACAUAUCCACUUGUUGACACACAUGACUCUAUGAUCCUGCUUGGCUCAGUAAAGCGUUUUGAGUUGGAGCGGAUACUCUGGGUGCACCUUAGUCAGGAACAGAAGGUGUUUAUGUCGGAAAACGAAGAUGAAGGCUUACAUUCUGUUGUCUCUACACCUGGGUCAAGUAGACCUCCAACUCCACCACCCAGGGUAGAAAUAAUACCUCCGACCCCUACUGGGAAUACAAAGCCCCGGUUCAUGGUGACGAAGGUGGAUGAGACAAACAGACAGGCAAAUGGGGCACAGCCACCUGCUAUAAAAACUCCCAAGUUCAAAAUGUCCAGAUCUGUUGUCCAUUUUGCUACAGAGGAUUAUGAGUCGAGUCAAAGCUCCAUAGAAGAACUCUCUGAGCAGGAACUGGAAAGACGACAAUAUCACACCUGGAAUCCGCCACUGCGGUCAAUAUUGAAAAACAAGACCUCCAAUGGACACAGUCCUAUAGAGCAUGCUAAGCCACUGCCCAAGGCUUCCAGUCUGUCUGAUCUGGAGGUUGGAAUCAAUCAACACUUCCGAAAGUUGUCAAGUCACCACGCAGACAGUAUUGUCGAAGACAUACCUUUUGUUAUAAAUAAAAACAGCUUUUUAAAGAAAGUAAAGUUGCCACCAGAGCCAGUGAAAGUGAAAAAUUUGCCAGCGAAUAAGGAAAUGAAACGAAGUCCCAAAGAACAAGAGGAGUGGGAACAGGACCAGCUCUCCAAGACAGUAGAGUGGGAGGGAUGUCAGAUAGACCCUGCCCCCUUCCAGCUGGUGGAGAGGACCUCACUGCAUAAGGUGCACUCGCUGUUUUCUCUGCUAGGAUUGAACCACGCCUAUGUCACAAACACAGGGAGAUUAGUGGGGGUGGUAGCCCUGAAAGAGCUGAGACACGCAAUACAAGGACAUAUUGAUGCAGAGGCCGAGAGGAAGAAGAAACAUUCGCAUUCCACCUUGGAAACAACUGAAGUAAAUCAAUAUGAUUCAGAGGAUGACAUUUUGGACGAUCCCCAACACUUGGAAGUCAUGUAUCCGAAAGAGCCGGAUGGUUAUACACUUGUUAAUAGAUUUAAUAAUGAUGGAAAAUUGAAAUAUCAACCUGAGAGUGAUACUGAUGUAUAAUAUGUAAAAAUAGGUAUUUGGUAUUGUUAACAUUGGUGGAAACACAUUGGAAUUUUGAUAUUAUUCAAAACACAUUGAAAGGCAUUUUACGAUGUUGAUUAUAUUAAAAACUUAUUGAGAAGCAUUUAAUAAUGUUGAUUAUAUUGAAAAUCAUUGAGAGGCAUUUCAUAAUGUUGAUAAUAUUAAAAACGCAUUGAAAGGCAUUUCAUAAUGUUGAUUUAUAUUGAAAACUUACUGAAGGCAUUUCUUACUAAUGUUGAUUACUAUUAUUUUGAAAUCUCAUUGAAUGGCAUUUCAUAAUGUUGAUUAGUUGAAAGUUGAUAAUGUUGAUUUAGUAGAAAGCUCAUUGAAAGGCAUUUCAUAAUGUUGAUUAAUUGAAAGUUGAUAAUGCUGAUUUAGUAGAAAGCUCAUUGAAAGGCAUUUCAUAAUGUUGAUUAAUUGAAAGUUGGUAAUGUUGAUUUAGUAGAAAGCUCAUUGAAUGGCAUUUCAUAAUGUUGAUUAAUUGAAAGUUGAUAAUGCUGAUUUAGUAGAAAGCUCAUUGAAUGGCAUUUCAUAAUGUUGAUUAAUUGAAAGUUGAUAAUGCUGAUUUAGUAGAAAGCUCAUUGAAAGGCAUUUCAUAAUGUUGAUUAUAUUGAAAGUUGAUAAUGCUGAUUUAGUAGAAAGCUCAUUGAAAGGCAUUUCAUAAUGUUGAUUAUAUUGAAAGUUGAUAAUAAUGAAAAGAGUUAUGAAACAUUCCAAUAAGUACUAAGUUUAAGGUAUUUGUUAAUUACUGAGAGCUGAUUUGAAAACAGAGUUUGAAUAUUUCAUGUCCUAGCUUUGAACAGAGGAAAACUGUAUUUAACAAAAGUUUCAUGUGUUUUAUGCGCCAGAGGGGUCUGUUGAUAACAGUCAUUUUUUGCAAUAUUUCAACAUUUUGUUAUUACCGUUAGUGAAAUACAUGUAUAAAUACAUGCUAAUUUUGUAUUGUUUAAUUGUCUCAGAAUUAUAAAUAUUAGAAUUAUGUUACAAUUUGUGACUAUUUUGGAAAAGUUAUUUUGUGAUAUAGAUGUCUUAAACUGAUCAGUAAAUAUUUUAGAAUGAUUGAUUAUGGGUAAUGUGUAAUUGGUCAGCUUUGUUCCCCUCUCGGAGGGGUUUUGUUAAUGUUUUUGUGGUAUCGGUAAUAGGAAUAAAGAAUCUGUAGUUUUCAAUGGCUUGCAUAUAUUGAUGUGAUAUUAGUAUACUGUUAGUAUGCCUUAAUUUAGGGAGAUAAAAGAGACAUUUAAAUAUUUUAUUGUAAAUUGUUUGUAUGUGAUAAAUUAUGUGAUAUGAUAUUAUUGCAAGAAAAAACAUAAAUUAUUAUGUACAUUUUCAUGAUAUAGAUGCAUUCAAUAAGUGGAGCUUAUAAUAUAAGUUUACAUGUAUUUCAACUUAUCUUGUCUAGCAUAUAUGCUUUGAAAUAGUGUAUCCUAAAUAAUGUAUAUCUGUGUGCAAAGCUGUAAAUUCUGUAGUCAAUUAGUAAUGCUAUCACAUCUGUUUAUUCAGUGCUGUAAAAGUGUACUGUUAUACCAAAUUAAAAAAAACAAAAACACAAUAACCUUUUUUUUUUGCAAAAUUUGAAAGCUUUUUAGCUUUUUAUUUCGCUAGCUUUUACAAAAUUUACAAAAUCAUUGAUUUGAGAAAAAACAGAGGUCAAUAUUUAAAUCAUGGAAUAAUUCAACCAAUUCUACAGUACAUCUAAUGCUGCUUUCUUUCUCGAGAUUUUUAGAAUGUUAUGCUGCUUAGUGCUAUCCCAUUUUGAAGGACUGAUAUUUUAGGCUUUAUUACGUUGUUCUUGCUCACAAUGUGUUCUAGGCCAAUACUUUUUGUACCUUUUCCUUGGUGUUUGUACACUUGGUUUUACUUGAUAUGUUAACAUAAUGUUGAUGGAUAUUUCAGAUGAUUGUCAGCCGGACAUAGGACUCUAUUACUUAUGUCUUAUCAUUAAUUCCCGAAAAUGAUCAAUAUUACAAAAUCAGUAGUAGGAUGACUGUAUAAAGAUUAGGUAUGUCACCCUAUGUGUACACAAAGGGCCAUAUACUGAUACCAACAGUAUGUCACCCUAUGUGUACACGAAGGGUCAUAUACUGAUACCAACAGUAUGUCACCCUAUGUGUACACGAAGGGUCAUAUACUGAUACCAACAGUAUGUCACCCUAUGUGUACACGAAGGGUCAUAUACUGAUACCAACAGUAUGUCACCCUAUGUGUACACGAAGGGUCAUAUACUGACACCAACAGUAUGUCACCCUAUGUGUACACGAAGGGUCAUAUACUGACACCAACAGUAUGUCACCCUAUGUGUACACGAAGGGUCAUAUACUGAUACCAACAGUAUGUCACCCUAUGUGUACACGAAGGGUCAUAUACUGACACCAACAGUAUGUCACCCUAUGUGUACACGAAGGGUCAUAUACUGACACCAACAGUAUGUCACCCUAUGUGUACACGAAGGGUCAUAUACUGACACCAACAGUAUGUCACCCUAUGUGUACACGAAGGGUCAUAUACUGACACCAACAGUAUGUCACCCUAUGUGUACACAAAGGGUCAUAUACUGACACCAACAGUAUGUCACCCUAUGUGUACACGAAGGGUCAUAUACUGACACCAACAGUAUGUCACCCUAUGUGUACACGAAGGGUCAUAUACUGACACCAACAGUAUGUCACCCUAUGUGUACACCAAGGGUCAUAUACUGACACCAACAGUAUGUCACCCUAUGUGUACACCAAGGGUCAUAUACUGACACCAACAGUAUGUCACCCUAUGUGUACACCAAGGGUCAUAUACUGACACCAACAGUAUGUCACCCUAUGUGUACACCAAUGGUCAUAUACUGACACCAACAGUAUGUCACCCUAUGUGUACACCAAGGGUCAUAUACUGACACCAACAGUAUGUCACCCUAUGUGUACACCAAGGGUCAUAUACUGACACCAACAGUAUGUCACCCUAUGUGUACACCAAGGGUCAUAUACUGACACCAACAGUAUGUCACCCUAUGUGUACACCAAGGGUCAUAUACCGACACCAACAGUAUGUCACCCUAUGUGUACACCAAGGGUCAUAUACCGACACCAACAGUAUGUCACCCUAUGUGUACACCAAGGGUCAUAUACUGACACCAACAGUAUGUCACCCUAUGUGUACACCAAGGGUCAUAUACUGAUACCGACAAAACCAUGUGGUACUAUAUCCGUACCAAUAAAUUAUAAAAGGACACGGUACAAUUAUUAAUACCUGAACCUUUUACUGAUUAUAGUUUCAAAUUUGUACUUAAUGUUAUUGAAAUGAAGUAAUUUUUUCCUCCAAAUUAAAAUUUGAAACCAACAGACUCGACAUGCCAUAUCAGAAUGAUGGUGAUUCAUUGUACUUGUUUUUAAAGGUGAUUUUGAAAAGGUUUUUAGAUUUUUUUUAUUAGAUUUUUUUUUGUUUCAUUACACUGUUACCAGAUGCGUUUUGAAAUGAAUACUAAACAGUACAAAAUGAAACUAUACUUAGUCGAAUCAAGGUACCACGUAUCUGUGUCCUACUCUACAAACACAAAGGCCCAUUAAGGGACUAGUUAGUUACCAUAACUGAAGACAAAACAAAGUAACAUUUUUCUGCCACUUGGUGCUUGUUAUAGCGGAUAGAUUUUUAUAAAGGUGUGUGUACGUACACAGAAUUUCUAUCCAGUCUUCUUGCAUUUAUAAUUUUGUCACAUUUGCACAGGUUAAAAAAAAGAAAGAAAUUAGUUCAAAUUUAUGUUGUUCAGCUGAAUUAUGUCUAAAACAUGCAUUCAUUUCCGUUCACAUGUGAUGUUUUGACCACAUGAUAUGUACUUUUAUUUACUGGCUGUUUUUAUCAUACAAGUCUUAUUGAUAAAGUGUUUAAUUUGUUGAUAUUUGAAUCAUGAUUAUCAGAAUUGUGUCAAUCUUGCCAUGUGCAAUAUGUUCACAUUAUUACGGACAAGCCUAGUAAUAAAAUAUUUAAGGAAUUGGGCCGGUCUUCUUAAAACAUCUUAAGUCAUCUUAAGUCAUUCUCUAACUUCAGCUGAUUUUCUUAACUUUUCAUAGGGAAAUAUAAAAAAAUAUCACAAAAAAUAUCACUAAAAAUGAAUUUUGUUUUAUAGAGUAUUAUGACAUAAAUUAUUUUUGACAUUAUUAAAUCAUUCUAACAAAUGACCAAUGAGACUUAAGCUAGGAAAUGACUUAAGAUGUUUUAUGAAUAUCAGCCCAGACGCACAUAUAAGCUACAUGUACCUCUAUGGUAGCUCCAUUAACUCAAAUGUCAAGUUUUGAUGCCUGGUCACCCAAUAAGAUUUUGUUAUCUUUUAACUGAUUACUAAUAUGUACAUUACCAAACGUGCAGUAUACAUUCAGUUAUUACAGCUUGUAUUUUUGCUUUUACUUUUAACUGAAAUGGGUCAUAAAUUGACCUAUUUGCAAUUUAUGGAUGCCAAAAAAAACUGUGCCAUAACUUGUUUCAGUAAAAGCUUUGCUAUUUUUCUGCACAAAUCAAAUGAUAUCAAAAUAAAAUUGGGUCACGAGGAAUCCAAAUUUCAUAUAUUCGAGGGUGAUUCAAGUUAAAACAUUACAGGGACUUGAUCACAGAUUUCGUGUUUUUUUAUUUAAUUUGUUAAAAAAGAGCUAUUUGACUAACUAUCAUAAACAAGCACCAAAGAGCUUUUAAAUUUGCUUUUCAGCAAAAUUGCGCAUUGUCCGUCAUAUUAUUUAAAAAAUGGUUAUUGAGCUCUUAUUCAAUUUUUGAUUAAGUUUAAUCAUUGUGAUAAGCACUUUUUUGCUUUCCAAAUUAAUUUUAUGGAUGUUUGAACCUUUAAUAUGUUAGUGAGUAUGUUUAAUUAGUUAGAUAUUUUUUAAAUGAUCUGUAGCUUUAUAACACUAUCUGAUAAUAUUAAUAUGCAUAAUACAUUGAUAUGUACAUCUUAGUUCUAAAAAAAAGGUUUCUGUUGGUAAAAUAAUUAGGUCCAAUACUUAGCUGGGGAUCUAAUGAAUUCAUCUGUGUUCCAUAAACUGCAACAAAUCAAUUAUACAUUAAUUUUCAUAUAGGCCUUUAAAUGAACAAUAAUCUAUACUUAUUGCAUAGAUAAACUUAUAUGGCUAUUAUUGCAUCAAUAACUCGCGAACUCAGGAUAUAUAUAUACACACAUAUAUAAAUAUUUAUUUAUGUAUUAUACUUUAAUUUAGUAUUACAUUAAAGCACAUUUUUACUUAAUGUAACUAUUUGUUUAAGAAUUUGAAUUGAAUAUCUGGUGUUUAAAUACAUAGCAUAUGCUGGAUAAUUGAUGUUCCACGCCAUUGUUUAAUAUAAAAGACAACACUUUAUACGAUUUAUGGGAUUUAUGGGUGUGCAUUAUUCCAUUUUCCUUUUUAUGCCCCCACAAAGUGGCGGCAUAUAGGGUUGCCCUUGUCCGUACGUACGUCUGUCUGUCUGUCUGCCUGUCUGUACGUACGUACGUACGUCCCGAAGAUUGUUUCCGAUCUAAUUCUUGAAAACUGUUUGUCCAAUCCUCACCAAACUUUAAACACAUGUUUGUGACCAUAAUAUCUUGAUCAAGUUCGAUAGUCAUGGAAAUCGCUUUAGUCAUUUAGGAGUUACGGCCCUUUUUUGCCAAAAAUACUUCAAAAAUAUAUGUUUCCAAUCUAAUUCUUGAAAAGUAUGUGUCCAAUCCUCACCAAACUUUACAUACAUGAUUGUGACCAUAAUAUCUUGAUCAAGUUCGAUAGCCAUGGAAAUCGCUUUUGUCAUUUAGGAGUUACGGCCCUUUAUUUGCAAAAAAAGACUUGAGAUUAUCCUGAAUAAUCAUUAUGGCUUAUUUUCUGUGACAAAAAAUCGAAGUGGGGGCAUCCGUGUCCUAUGGACACAUUUCUAGUUUUUAUUACUGUAAAUGUCCUAUUUAACGUGCAUGCCCUAAUAGACGCACCAGGGUUUUUUUCUAAGUCUUUUUUUCUGAUUCUGAGUCGAGAACAAUGCUUACCUUGACUCUUUAUUCAAAGACUGCAAUUUGUUUUGAUGAACUUGCACAUUUAAUUGGAUAAGUAUAGUAUUCAGAUUGGUGUUUAAUGUUACCAUGAUUGAUAUUCUCCCAUUCGAAGUUGUAACUGUGCGGGUAUUAAGGCGGUGUGUUCAUGAAUAUAUGAUGUUCAAAGACCAUUUUGUUAAUCUAUUUUACUACAUAUACAUGUAUAUUUCAUGCAUGUUUUAACUGAUUGUCAUAAUUUGGUUGAAGUUUGUAUAUGUUUAUUUCUGUAUAUGGAUAUGAUUUUUUGCAUUGAUUUCUUUUUAUCUCCGUCGCAACGAAAUAAAAACUCGAACUCA